AGGAGAUUGUCAAUGCACAGGGCGACUGUCAGCUGUUUUUCGUGAAAAUUGUUUUUGUUGCCACCAGAAUUAUGCUGCGAAAUUCGGUUUAUCCGCACAGCAAGCUGCUGCAGACUCUGGCUAAAGUGUUGGGCAGAUGCAACAACAGCAACAGCAGCACCGGCGGCGGGGGCAGUGCAACACUCGAUGCCGACACAAAACGCGAAGUGGAACAUCAUGAGAAUCAAGCCACAGAUUGGUGGAACCAGAAUGGCACAAUGGAAGCACUGCAUGCCCUCAAUGAAAUACGCGUUCCCUUUAUACGCGAUGGCAUCGUUGCGCGCGGCAAUGUGAAGUCUCAUUACGUAAAUACAACAAAGGUCUUGAAGGGACAAUGCCUGCUAGAAGUUGGUUGUGGCGGUGGUCUGCUGACCGAGCAACUGGCGCGCCUGGGCGCCCAGGUUACGGGCAUAGAUUUAGCCGACAAACUGAUUGCCGCUGCUAAGGUUCAUUUGACGGAGCUUAGUCCGGAGCUGUCCAGCAAUGUGAAGUAUAAAAUGGAGCCAGUCAAUCAGCAUGCCAAAGCGAAUUGCGAGCGCUACGAUGCCGUCAUUGUAUCCGAGGUACUGGAGCACGUGGAUGACAAGGUGGCCCUGCUGGAAGCGUGUGUGCGUAGCCUUAGACCAGGCGGAUCCAUAUUUAUUACCACUUUGAACAAAACUCUUCCCAUGUGGGUGGCCGGAGUGGCCGUAAGCGAGUAUGUGCUGAACCUGGUGCCCAGGGGCACGCAUCAUUGGGAUAAGAUGAUUUCCCCACUGGAUGUUCAACGCAUAUUGGACACGAUGAACUGUCAGACCGUGCUGGUGAAUGGCAGCACCUACGACUUCUGGAACAACUCUUGGCGCUGGAUAAACACGACCCAAAUGUGCUACGCCCUGCAAGCAGUGAAAGAUUCGGAGUGAAGUUCUAUU